CCAGUGUUUGUUGUGUUGAGUUAUAACUUUAUUACGUGCAUAAAUUAUUGUAAUUUGUUUAACUAUUAUUGUUUAUUAGCGUAUUAAAUGUGAUAACAGUAAUACACAGUGCCGUGGUAACGUAGAGUCUGUGAUUUUUGACUAAACAACACUGGGGCUGGGAGCAAGCGAGUAAACAGUUAAGUUUUGUAUAAUAAAGUAAUAUAGUGCCAUGCGUCUCGUCAUGAGUGACGUUGCUUCUGACAGCUGUAGUGUUCUACGUUCCAAAGGUAAUGGGGUGUUAUUACUUGAAUCUCAUGAAGGCCCGGGCUUGUGUUCUCGUCCAGGAGCUCAAGUUUGUUAAGUGACCCAGCAUAAACCCUACACCAAGGCCAACGGGAGCUACAACUAACAAACUACGUAUUUUCACACAUCAUCAAAUCAGAGCGAUCAAAUUACGUUUACACUGCCCUAUUGUUGUCAGAGCUCUCGCUGUACAUCCCGCCUAAAGGAUUACAGGACACUUUACUUCCAAGAAUACCCAAAUAUUAAAAGUGCGGACCCAGGUGUAUGCGACAACUUCAUGGGCUUGAAAGGUCACCCAGAUGGUGGAAUAGAUGCCAUCCUGGACCUGGAUUACCUACAUGUGGAGAGCACAGACCAACAGCUCAGGACAACCUCCCUGUGGUCUAGGAUAGAGAAGCCCACGAUGGACAAAGUAAACUCCAGGAAGGAGGAUGGCUCGGCAAGCUCCACGGAGGACACCACCUGCAACAGCUCCUUCGGAGAUUCAGAGGAGAGUGCUAAUUCUGACAGCGAAUCUGAACACCUCAACAGCAGCACAGCAACGGACUCUAGCCCCUUUACAAAAACCCACCGGCAGUUGUGCCGGUCACCAUGCAUGGAGCCACCUGUGGUUAUGAGGACUGAGAUCCCACAGGAUUUAAAGCCAGAGGAAAGCCACGGGACAGCCAAAGAAGACAAGAAACCACCAGAUAUAGUCAGGGAGUACCAGACCAAAAUGGAAUUUGCCCUCAAGCUAGGGUAUUCAGAGGAGCAGGUCCAGCUCGUUCUGAGCAAGCUGGGCCCAGAGGCGCUGAUCAAUGACAUCCUGGGGGAGCUGGUGAAGUUGGGGAGCAUGUCUGAGGCUGACCAGGCCUUGUCUGGUGGUAGCGGUGGGGGCUGUGGCUCCUCAUCCUCGUCCACUUCGUCUUGUAUCUCAUCCUCUUCCUCCACAGAGUCACACCGUCCCGACUCGCCUUCUCAAGAAGAGCUGUCUGACAACACAGACAAUCUGAGGCCCAUAGUCCUCGAUGGCAGUAAUGUGGCCAUGAGCCAUGGCAACAAGGAAGUGUUUUCCUGUCACGGAAUUAAACUGGCAGUGGACUGGUUUUUGGACCGUGGCCAUAAAGACAUUACAGUGUUUGUCCCUGCCUGGAGAAAAGAACAGUCGAGACCAGAUGCCCUUAUAACAGACCAAGAAAUCUUGCGGAAACUGGAAAGGGAGAAGAUACUGGUGUUCACCCCUUCACGACGUGUGCAGGGGCGCAGGGUGGUCUGUUACGAUGACCGGUUCAUAGUCAAGCUCGCCUAUGAGUCGGACGGCAUCAUUGUAUCCAAUGACAACUACAGGGAUCUGGCCAAUGAGAAGCCUGAAUGGAAGAAAUUUAUUGAUGAACGAUUGCUCAUGUAUUCCUUUGUCAAUGACAAAUUCAUGCCACCUGAUGAUCCACUGGGUCGCCACGGCCCAAGCUUGGAUAACUUCCUGAGAAAAAGACCCAUCAUACCAGAACACAAAAAACAACCCUGCCCAUAUGGUAAAAAGUGCACUUAUGGGCAUAAGUGUAAAUUUUAUCACCCAGAGAGAGGUACUCAGCCCCAGCGCUCUGUAGCGGAUGAGCUUCGUGCCAUAGCUAAAAACACAGCGGUCAAAGGAAUGAAUGAAGGUGGGCUGGUCAAGAGUCACAGCAUGCCAUCAAGCUCCAAUUCUGACAGCUGCUCUGACAUCAAGCGCACAGCACCAAAGAGACAGUCAGACCCCAGUAUCAGGACUCCAGCAUACCACGAGCUGGAAGAGAAGCUGAUCUCCAAAAUCAAAGCUGAGACACGCUCUGUUCCCUCGCCGGUUAUCAAAAGCAGUUCCCCUCUUCCUCAUUCUCAGAAACCUCAGCCCUCUGCCCCAACAAGCAGCGCCCUUCACCCCUCUCAAAGAGCACCUAUGAUUGUGACCAAAAACCACGGGACACCCAUGGCAUACAACGAGCUGUACCCCAAAUGCAACUCUCCAGUUGACAUGAACUAUUACUCCAUGAUUAAUGCAUACUCCAACCUAACCCUCUCGGGGACCAGGAGCCCAGAUAGGCGUUUUUCUGUCGAUACAGAUUACCGGAUCAGCUCCGUUGCCUCGGACUGCAGCAGUGAAGGCAGCAUGAGCUGUAGCAGCAGUGACUCUUACAUUGGAUACAACGAACGCUCUUACAUAAACUCACCAGACCCGCUGCUAGAGGAGAACCUCAGGUGUCACCAUCACCCCCCUCCUCCUCUUCCUCACCACAAUCACCUUCAUUCACAGCAUUUUGGCCACAACUAUCAUGAUGCCUUAGCCCGGGUUCAAAGUUUUGGGCAUGAGGAGCCCAAAUCUCAUCACAAGCCAUCCAUUCCCUACCUCCCUCCUCACCUGCAGCACCCGGUGGUGGGGGCCCGAUCUAGUUGCCCAACCGACUACCCUGGACCGCAGAAUCACCAGCACUCCCAGACCAGGGCCUUGGUUUCAACUCGUAUUGACAGCCAUUCUGACUCGCGACUUUACCACAACUCCCCUCGGCGGCAAAGGAAGCCCUAUCCUGGCCAGGAGCACUCUGGGAGUUGGGACAGCCUGAAUUACGGGAUGGAUGCUUAUGGCUACCACCAAGGCUACUCUUUACCCAGUAAACCCACGCAGCCUUGUUACGAGCAGUUCGCAUUCCAAAGCUUGCCUGAGAACCGGGAUCAGUCCUGGAGGAUGCCCUGGGGACGCAGCAUGCCCCAGCAGGACCCCCCAAAUCCUUCAAGGUAUCAGGAUAUCCGGGAGAAGGUCUUUCUGAACCUUUGCAAUAUCUUCCCACCCGACGUGGUGCAGAUGGUAAUGAACAGGAGUCCUCACAUGACGGAUGCUCAGCAGCUGGCUGCUGCCAUUCUUGCGGAAAAGUCCCAACAAGGUUACUGAAUGGGGAACGUGAUCCUCGUUUUAUAUCUUCAGCACCAGUGUUGAGUGAGGUCUGCUACAGUAGCAUUUUGUAUUAUUAUUUUUAACUCUGUAAUGUGGUUAUGUUACAAGCAGCAACAUACUUUGAAACCUGCAUCAAUAGAAAGGGGUCCAUCCCAAAAUAAGUAUCAGAAAUACCACACGUUUCUGUUGAAUAUAAAAUGCAGUAGUUUGGAUUUUUUAAAUCUAAAUUUAAAUCAAACAGCUCAAUAAAUUGCUUACUACCUACACUAACAUGGCCAUGCAAUAUUUGAAGCACAAUUGUAUUCUGAAAUGUACAGAAAAAAUAAUAAUUUCACCCAGCAAUGGACUCCUUCCUUAAUUAGCCAUAUUAUACAGGCUUCACUUUAUAAAAACUUAGAGGGUUUUAUUGUACUUUUCUGGUGUCUGUAAAACAAAUGAAAUGCAUUUAUUUUUUCUUUUUUUUUAACACAAAGAAAUUUGCAAAAAUGUAACUUGGUUUGUUGUUGAGGUAUUGUUCUUUUUAUGGCACUUUUCAUUCUUGUUUGUUAUAUUGUAUAAGAAGUGUUUUGAAAACUGUUGGCAGUCGGGUCUAAGGAAACUCAAUCUGCUUGUUUCAGGGUAAAGGCAAGAAGAUUAAAUAAGAGAGCGGUAUUAUUCAUUGUGUUUUAGUCUGGGUGUUUCAGGGCUACUUUUAAAGAGAUGCUGCAUUGAUACAGCUCCUUAUUCCAUGAGCCCUAAAGUCAUUCUAGUCAGCAGAGUUUUAUCAGGCUGAUUGCCAGCUUUUGGUAACUGCAAUAAUAUACUGUACUACUUAUUUAUUUUGAAGGUUUUAAUAAGACCUAUUUCUGUUAUUGUAUUCCUAUCAUGUGCUCAGUAUCCCAGCUAAAGUGAGAACACAUUCCUAAGUUUUCCCAACAGGUAGUGUUUCCUUUACGUGAUUGUGUGCUUAUUCUGUAUUUAUGUUUUGUGGUAUAACAGUGUUGUGCACGUUAUGAGAUUGUAUCUUUUAACUUGAGCAGACACCAUUGCAAUCAUAAAAGGAUGCUUCACGAGGAUAUGCAAAGUAGCUCUUGAUAAUGCACUGUAGUGUACAAUUAAUGCUAUUUUAUUUACUGAAAUUAAUAACUUAUUUUUUAUUUAAUGUUUCCUGUAAGUUAAUGCAAGUUUGUUAUAAAGUUAGUUGCAGAGCUGUUUUGUUAGUAGGAGGUCUGAAUCUUUCCACAAAUUUAGUAAAGGAACAGCCUAAAUGUUUGUGUACCUUAGUUUUAGUAAGGGAUGUUUCUGGCAUGUUGUUAAUGGGUUUUUGCUAGCUGCUAUUGCAGCUGAUUCUUUUCUGUAGCAAGGCUGACUUGCACAUUAUUUUUGCUAGAUCAGCGAUAACCAAAAUUAUUGUCUGCAGGUCAGUGUCUACAAAGCACUAUACAGGAUUUUAAUCACUCUAGCGCUUCAUUGUUUGGGAUAUUACACUUUAUCCAUCUUUUAAAGGGACAUUCCCACUUCAAAGGAGGGGUAGGAACUAAACUAAUGAUUGCUUGACUACCACAUUUAGCUUCUUUUCAAUUCUUGUUCAUGUUUAAUUAGUUCUUCAGUUAACACUGUAAAAUAUAUUUUAUAAAAACAGCUAAUCUCUUGGCAUGCUGGUUUAGUUUGUUGACUCUCCAUCCGAGGUGGGUCUUUGCCAGCUCCGUUUCUGGAGAUGACGAGGUUCAUCCAGGAUAUGCAGCACCAAGUAUGUCUGGGUUACACUGGGGCAGACAUCCAUUAAAAGCAUAUUCUACUCCA